AAUGUCCUGACUGUUCACUCUAUCCCAGAAUAAUCGCCUGGAGAGGUAACUACUGACCUUAAGGAACGGCUUGACUGUUUUAAUCGGCUUCUUGGACCACUUCAGCCUCAUUUUGUCAUAUUUCUGGAUACCGUUGCAUACUUCUACCAUAGAGUUUGUCCCUGUGAGAUUACCUGAGCCAGUGGGAUUUUUAUGGCGAGAUUGGGCCUUUGUCGACGAAACAUGACACGUGUGUUGGUGUAUGUUGGUGUGCUAAUAGCCAUAAUUGCUGCAACAGAAGCAAGACCUAAAUCAGCUGAACCAAAGUGCAAAUCUGGUCCGGUUGACCUUGUGUUCAUCAUCGACGGCUCUCGCAGCGUUCGCCCCCAUGAGUUUGAGACUAUGCGCAAGUUCAUGAUUGACAUCAUCCAUGAGAUGGACAUUGGCCUGGAAGCUACAAGAGUUGGUGUGGUCCAAUACUCCAGCCAGGUCCAGAACGUCUUCUCCCUCAAAGCCUUCAGCAAGCCAGCGCAGAUGGUCAAAGCCAUCAAUGAGAUCAUUCCAUUGGCACAGGGCACAAUGACCGGCCUGGCCAUCCGCUACGCCAUGAAUGUAGCCUUCUCUGCCGAGGAAGGCGCCCGCCCCAACGUUCCCCACGUAGCUGUUAUCGUGACGGACGGUCGCCCUCAGGACCGCGUGGCUGAAGUGGCAGCUGCUGCGAGAGAGUCUGGGAUUGAGAUCUACGCCAUCGGUGUCGCCAGGGCCGAUAUGACGUCACUGCGAGCAAUGGCAUCGCCACCGUUUGAGGAUCACGUGUUCCUCGUGGAGAGCUUUGACCUUAUUCACCAGUUUGGGCUUCAGUUCCAGGACAAGCUUUGUGGGAUGGACUUGUGUCUGGAGUCAGAUCAUGGCUGUGAGCACAUCUGUGAGAGUUCGCCUGGUUCCUACCACUGUCUGUGUCUGCCUGGAUACACACUCAAUGAGGACGGCAAGACCUGCACGCCCAUUGAUUUAUGUGCUGAAGGCAAGCACGAUUGUCAGCAGAUUUGCAUCGCUUCCCCUGGGUCAUUCACAUGCGACUGUAACACGGGAUACACACUCAACGACGACAAGAGAACUUGCACAAUGAUCGACUACUGCUCGUUUGGGAAUGAUAGCUGUGAGCACCAGUGUGCGAGUGUCCUCAACGGUUUUAAUUGUCGCUGUCAGGAAGGAUACUCACUCAACGAUGACCUGAAAACCUGCACAAUGAUCGACUACUGCUCAUUUGGGAAUGAUAGCUGUGAGCACGAGUGUGUGAGCGUGCUUCAGAGCUUUUAUUGCCAAUGCCGUGAAGGAUACACACUCAAUGAGGAUGAAACAACGUGCACAAUGAUCGAUUACUGCUCAUUUGGGAAUGAUAGCUGCGAGCACGAGUGUGUGAGUGUCCUCAACGGCUUUCACUGCCAUUGUAACGAUGGAUACUCACUCAACGAUGACAUGAAGACUUGUGCAAUGAUCGAUUACUGCUCAUUUGGGAAUGAUAGCUGCGAGCAUGAGUGUGUGAGUGUCCUCAAAGGCUUUCACUGCCGCUGUAAUGAUGGAUACUCACUCAACGAUGACAAGAAGACCUGCACAAUGAUCGAUUACUGCUCAUUUGGGAAUGAUAGCUGCGAGCACGAGUGUGUGAGUGUCCUCAAAGGCUUUCACUGCAUUUGUAACGAUGGAUACUCACUCAACGAUGACAAGAAGACCUGCACAAUGAUCGAUUACUGCUCAUUUGGGAAUGAUAGCUGCGAGCACGAGUGUGUGAGUGUCCUCAAAGGCUUUCACUGCAUUUGUAACGAUGGAUACUCACUCAACGAUGACAAGAAGACCUGCACAAUGAUCGAUUACUGCUCAUUUGGGAAUGAUAGCUGCGAGCAUGAGUGUGUGAGUGUCCUCAAAGGCUUUAACUGCCGUUGUAAGGACGGAUACACUCUCAAUGAUGACAAGAAGACCUGCACAAUGAUCGAUUACUGUUCAUUUGGGAAUCACAGUUGUGAUCAUCACUGUGGUGGUGUGCUCAAUGGUUUUUACUGUCGCUGCAAUGAGGGAUACACUCUUCAGGAGAACGGAAAGACCUGCCUGUCGGAUAACUUAUGCAACACAGUCGAACAUGGUUGCGAACACCAGUGUGUGAGCACUCCCGGAUCAUACCACUGCAUAUGUCCCGAGGGCCAUGAGCUUCAGGACGACGGCAAGACCUGCGGAUCCUGUCGAUCCUCCAACAUCGACCUAGUCCUCCUCAUCGAUGGUUCCAAGAGUGUGCGGCCACAGAAUUUCGAGCUUGUCAAGCAGUUUGUCAACCAGGUGGUGGAUCAGCUGGACGUCUCCCCGAAAGGAACACGCGUGGGUCUCGUCCAGUACUCAAGCCGAGUGCGGACAGAGUUCACGCUCGGCAUGUAUCAGACAAAAGAAGAGAUCAAAAAGGCUGUGAUGAAUGUGGAAUACAUGGAGAAGGGAACCAUGACAGGCUUGGCUCUCAAACACAUGGUGGAGAACAGCUUCACCGAGGCUGAAGGAGCCCGUCCCGCUGGGAAGAACAUCCCACGGGUCGGCCUGGUCUUUACGGAUGGCCGUUCACAGGAUGACAUUCAAGAGUGGGCCAAGAAGGCCAAGGAAGCAGGCAUCACCAUGUAUGCUGUUGGUGUGGGUAAAGCAGUGGAGGAUGAGCUGAGAGAGAUUGCCUCUGAGCCCGUGGAAAAACACUUCUUCUACAGCGCCGACUUCACUGCCAUCAGCCAGAUCGCUGAGAACCUCAAACUCAAUGUCUGCGCAGCUGAGAGUCAAGGAGAGAUCGAGGUGAAGAACCCCUGCGCCUGUGAAAGUCUUGUGGAGUUCCAACAGGUUACGAUGUCCACCCUAGACCAGCUCACCCAGAAACUGUCAGCUAUGACCAAGCGAUUGGAAGUGCUGGAGAACCAGUUGCUCACAAGAAAAUGAAAGAGCACGUCACACAACCGUAUGGAGGAGGAAGAGGCCCGCUGGGGGUCAAGGGCCCUACAAUCAAAAGAUCUACAGGUGUAGAUGUCCGAGGCAUGAGGCCAAAUCAUUCUGCUGCCGUGUUUGGACAUGGCUAAUGUUGUUCCCUAUUUAUACAUGAUCUGUAUUGUAUGGUUUAUACAGAGGUUCGUAUUUAUGGCAAAUUUGAUAUUCGCAUUUAUACACUAAAAAGGGAAAUGAAGUGUUUGGUACCACUCUGAGAUAGUCAUUAUUAUCAUGUUUGAAUCUGAUUUUUAUCGGCACCAAAUUUGUGGGGAUCUAUAAAACCUUCCGUUUAUGCACAUGUAUAUUACCAAAAAAAAAACAAAUAGUUACAAAUGACACUGUUAGAGACACAAUGAGCCAAAUGAGGCACUCACUCCAUAUUACCAAAGCUGUUUCUCAUCAAUGUUGUGUCUGAAUAUUUGAAAUAGAGGAACAUGUCUGAUAUUUGUUAAUUGUUUAACUGGACUGCAAACUGAUGUUUUGACUCAAGAAUGACCUGAAUGGUUUAUUAACACUAAAAUGAGAUUUAUGUAAACAGGGUAGUGUGUACAAGUGCCCCUUAAGAUUGCAGUUUUUUUUAAUUAUUGAAAUGUAAUUUACUCAUACAGAAUCCAGUUAAGAUACCUCAGAGUACUCUGGCCUCAGGUUUUUAUGUUGCAAAAAGGCCCCAUUAUAAGGCUCUUAUAUGUGAAUUCUUGUAUGUUUUUGGAUAUUUCCUAAUAACACUCUUUUUUUAAAACAAUCAAA